AUGCGAACGGAACGAUCGCUGCCGUCAGACCUGAUCCUCGCCGUGAAGUCUACAGUUGAUAAUAGUCACUCAUUCACGACCGGGUUUCUCCAUGGCUGUACAGAAAAAGAAGCCCAAUAUAUCAUCGAAUGGCUCAAGAAAGCCUCCCAGGCGUUGAAGGAACCCACCCUUAUGGCCCUUCUUCUGUACGAGAUCCAGUAUGAGCGUCAUACCCACAUUACCGACGGAUAUUGGCGGAGAUACAAUGACCUCUUCCUCGAAAUCCAUCAAAAGGCCAUAUUGUUAACCGAACUCUCCCCUUCCACGGAGGACAAAACCAAGAUCCGCGAUCUCCCCGAGAUAGCUGACUGGCUGAGCACCAUUUUUGGGAUGCACAACAAGCACGGCCGCAUGAAUCGUCAUUUUUGUACCUCUCAAGGCAACCUCCAAUUGUUGCAGCACCUUGUAGAACAAUUAUCGCAGAGUCAAACAACUCCACCUUCUCCAGUGUUCCAGACAGCACCCUCAAUAACCCACAGGCUGCAACAAUUAAAUGCUGGAUACAAGGAUUUGGAACAGCAAGCAUUACUUCUCAAGGAAGGCACUAGCCUCUUCUCAGAUACGGUGUGGAGCUUAAUUGCCCAAAGAGACAGCCAAAUAGCACAGAGAGCAAACAUAAUCAACCAGGAGAUUGCCGCUUCGAGUCGCGUGGUCGCCAAAGCAAGUGGGGACGAUAGCUCGGCGAUGAAAGCCCUCGCGGUCCUCACCAUGGUAUUCUUACCCGGUACUGCACUAGCUACUGUCCUCGCCCUACCCGUAUUCGACUGGAACUCUCAUCGUUUCUGGCCCACGACUCGAUCGAGUAUCUGGAUCAUCUGCGCCCUGGCAGCCAUUUUGACGUCCCUGGUUCUCUACCUAUGGCGAUAUUGGUUCCUCGGUAUGAUUUGGGAGAAAGACGUGGCUAAUGGCACGAAUAUACCGUAUCGGAGGCUGGAUCGACUCCUUCUACGGCGCCAUGACCGGCAGAAAGUCGGGAUUUUGGAGAGCCAAAGCCAGGACUCCGACGACGAAAAGGUGUUUAAACCGAAUACGAGGGUGAAAAUGUCGACUCCUAUUCUCAUUGCCCACCCUAAGCCUAAGCCUGCGUCUAACGUCCCAUACAACUUGGAGCCUGGAGUGGGUCUCGGCCCUCUUCAAGAUGAGUUAUAG